AUUCAUUCUUUCUUUCUUUCCAGAUUGUUUUUUUUUUUUACAGUAGGUAAGAAUCCUUGACUGGUCCAACCGACAGACUUCAUCAUUUUAACGAUUGACCAAUUAUCCGCCUCCAAUUCCGGGGUUUCCAGGUAAUAACACGUGUGAUGGGAAAGCCCAUUUCAAAUAUGACUGGAAAACAGCGAGUGAUUACAUCAUUUGGAGCGCCCCACAUCACCAAUAUUCAAUUGGAAAGCCACAUCUCACGUUUGUAGCACUCCAAAAAAUUCAAUUGGAAAGCCACAUUUAGCUGAAACACGGAGAGAAAAAGGGGUCAACAGAAGUAGUAGUGAGAACAUGGUGGGGAUAUUCUCACGCUUAACAGUGAACAGGUCCGUUCAUCACACUUCUCAACCAUCAUUGAUAUUGGAUGAGAAGGAAGGGGGCGCCCACUCUGGCAAGGACUUACCAGGUGCUUCGGCAGAUAUCCAUGGAGUUGAACCUACAGAAGAAUUCAAGCCUGUAGAACAUCCUCUAGAGCCUCCAGAUAAGGAUCAGCCCGUCAAAUGCCCUCCUCCUGAGCCGUCUAUUCUUCAUGAUGGAAGGAUAUGGAAGGAAAGACGAGAGGCAACUGCAAGGAGGAGAUCUGAAUUGCCUGUUAUAAGGGAAUCUGGGCUUCAAUCACAGGGAUUGCACAGGAGGCGGCAUACAGUUUCAAGCGAGCACCUAAUUUUGCCUUCUUUCAGUUGUCCAGAGCAUACCAUUUUAAAACUUUUGGACGAAUGUAAUGAUCAACCGAUGUCAUAGUUUAAUGUACUUUAUAAUGUUUGAUAGGAGGUGGUAAAUAAAGAAUGCAUCACAUUGUACGCCUCUUUUAAAUUUUAUUCGCAGUCUGUUAUAUUUCUCCAAAUUGGGCCUUGUACAUUCUAGAAUCAUUGGGUCAUAUCGGUGACUAAUGCAUAUGCAAGUUGGACAGGUAGAAGGCCCUUUUUUCUCAAAUCCAUUUGUCUCUUACCGUGCAAGAGUAAUUUCCACCAAUUUCAAAGCUACAAACUCUUCACUAUUUAAUUGGAUUAGGGAUCAGUAUUGUUUUCAUAAAUUUGAAGCUUGUUUACGAUGUGCUUUCUCUUU